GAGUAUGUGUGAGUCAUGGUGGAAAAUUCGAGGCAAGCGUACCGAUGCGCAAAGAACAAGAAUAAGCGAAGAAGAUAAAGAUAUCGAUUAAAAUUUCUGCUACAAAAAUAAAUAUAUAUGUAACGCAUAUUGUAAAUGUCCUAAGUUAAGUGAUAUAAAUCAAAUAUUUGUGUAACGUUUAAUAUUUUAAUACGCGUCGGAGUACAACGAGUGAGGCUACAGAAAGGCACACGAAAACGGAGUACUUGGCGAGCGAAGUAACGGAUGAAUACAAAUUCGAAAUAAACGCUGCGCAAUAGACGGUGGUGUACAUAAGAGUUUAACUAAAUCCGAAUCAGAAUCAGUUGAAAGUGUGAUUUUUUUGAGCCUUUGUCUGUAAGUGAAGAGAAAGCUUUAAGCGGAAUUACAUCUAUAUAUAAAUAUAUAAAUACGAAGCCAGCCCGUCGCCAUUUUGAAAGUGAUUUUACAAUACACACACACAUAUAUACACAGCUGCGAACACAUACACACAUAAUAAAACCCCAUCUAGAGUCCGAAAAAACAGCAAAAAACGCAAACCAAAUCAAUUUCCCGCAACUUUUAAAGUGAACCAGCUAAAUCAAGGCAACUUUUAACCCAAACUCAACCCAUUUUGUAAAUAACGCUUGUCGAAAAAUCGGAAUCUGUAUAACGAAGUGGCUGAGAAAACUGCGACACACACACGCACACUCGUUGGUGUGAGAAGGUCUACGGCAAAAAAGAUCAGCACGGCUUGGAAUGCAAGAGCAGCAGUUGAAUCAGCGGAGAACAGAGAAGAGUUUGCGAAAUUAUAGCUAAGGAUAGCUUAACCAGAGUAAAGAGAUAAAUCAACAGACUGAUAAACAAUACAUAACGUUACAAGUAAAACUAAAUAAAGUAAAGUAAACAGCAGCUGUACAUAAACAUAAAGGCGAGAAACAGAAUCAGUAACGGAAUCAGAACCAGGAGGAGUGGAAAAGCAGCUACGUGCUCGGCCGCCCGUCGCCCUUUUUGUUUUUAUUUUGGAAUCUUUGAACUUCGGAGGAGGGCAUCUCAUCUUCGGCGAUUAUCAGCAACCAAAGAAAACAGAGCGGCGCAGCUAAAUCAACAUCUCAAUAGCAGCAGAAGGAGUUUGGUUUCGAUUUAUAAAGAAUUGAUUUAAGUGCGUGUGAUAUUUAACGUUAAGCAUUAAUUUAGCGAAAUAACCAAAAACAAAAAAGGCAAAACAGCAGAAAUUUUAAUAGGAGAAGAGAUCGGAAAGCGACGAAAUUACUAUGACAUACUCGCACAAUAGCGUUAGGAACAACAUCAGAAUGACAACCGCAUCGGCCACCAAGUCCAUACGAUUAAAAAAGGGAGCAUCAUCAUCAGCGAGCUCCGCAUCCAACUCAUCCACCCCCUCGCCCACAUCCGCACCCGUCUCCCCUACAUCCGCAUCCGCACCAGCAACGCCCUUGGUAACUGCACAUUCCAACAGUAUUGCCAGCAGUACAAAUAACACCCACUUCCUGAGCUCCUCGCCCACGAAUCUGGGCCUGGGUCUUUCCUCCCUGGCCACGCCCCCCAACCAGAGGCUGCGCCAACUCCAGUCCCAAUCCCAGUCGACCGGAUCCAAGAGCAAGCAGCAGCGCCAGUCGCCGCCGCAGCAGCAGGGAUCCACUGGAGGCGGAGGAGCCUUCUUCUUUGCCAACAACAAUCGGCGGAACGGAGGAGGACGUUCGCCACCGGGAGCGAUGCAGGUGCGCCAGUCACCGGCCACCAUUUUGGGUGGAGGCUUCUCGCCGGGAAUCGGAGGAAUCGGUGGAUCGGCUCGCAAGCAGAGGAAGAGUCCCCCAUUGGGCGGAAAGAUUUCGCCCCAGCAGCAGAUGCAGCAGCAGCAGCACCCACUCAUACCCACCGCACUGACGCAUUUCGCGGGCAGCAAGUGCUUCGAUGCACCAGCUCCAACGGCGCUGCCCAAGCCGCCUCAGCACUGGACACUUUCCAGGUGAGGGAAGCUACCCAUGAUGAUGCCGUCGAUGCCCAAGUUCCAGGUGCCGAUGCAGACGGGCCGCUCGAAGCGGAACCUCCUCGACGACUUCGACACGCACAACCUGAAGCUGCUGCUCAAUGUGCAGUCGUAACCCCCUGGUGCUGGAGGAUCAGUGUCUGUAGCAGCGGCGCAGAAGCAGGAACAGGAUCUGGAGCAGGAUCCGGAUCUAGAGCUGGAUCCGAAGAUGGAUCUGGAGGACCGACUUAAAUGGCUUGAACACCCGGUGGACCCCGAACCCGUCAAUGAGUUGCAAAAAAAAUCGAAAUGAACAUAAAACAAACAAAAAAAUUUAACAAAAAUAUAAAACAAAAAAUGCAAAAUGAAAAAAAACCUUUAAAAAAAAGCGAAAACAUUUCAACUGGAAAAUUGAACUUUUUUAAACAAAAACAAAAAAAACAAGAGUAAUGUUUGUGAUCUCAAGUGUGUAUCAUGAAACAAUAAAACAAAUUUGAGAAGCUAUAAAGA